GACCAGUUCUCGACUCCAUUUGGCGUGCCCAUGACUGCCACUGAGAAGUUGAAAGAACUGUUUGAAGCUCAAAAGAAGGCUUAAUGGGAUUGAAUCGCUCAAUCAAGUCUUGGUGAACUAUUCGAAGGUCUACAACCUAGUGCUUAUUAGUAAAGAAAUAAUUAUGAAGAUCUUGGCGAGUUUAUUAUGUGUAUUCCUCGUGCUUUUGUGUACUGGAUCAUUGGCGUACGUUUAUAUCUUAUGGAAGCAUUACUGGAUCCGAAUUGAGAAGCUUCAAAAGAACACUUAUCACCCCCGGAAGUCUGGACCUGCGGUCGGGAUCCACUUUGAUGAAACCACGAACUCUUUUGUGGUCAAUAAUCGACCUAUCCAUCUCAAAAAUCAAGAUUCGGAUUCGGCCGAACCCAAAAAACCGGAUCUCCAGGUUCCCAAUGACAAACUCAUGGAGCAUAUUAUUCAUUACGAGAAACAAAUUGUCAGCCAAUUGCGGAAUGUUGUGACUGGUACUGGCAAGAGCUUUGAUGCAGGUGAGAUCAAGAACUCGUAUCGAGUGAACUACAAUGGAAGCCGGACCUUUGAGAUGCAACCCAAAGAUCCACCUCAGAAUCUUGUAUGCUCGGCCAUGAAACAUGCCAAAUUGGCCACGUUUAUCAAAGGUGACCCGUUCUUCCGGUCUCAGGAACUAGAUCGUUAUUUCAUGGACAAGCAGAUACUCGAGGGCCAGACCUUUGACUCUUGUGGAGUUGUAUCGAGCUCGGGUUCUUUAUCCAAGUCGGGAUUGGGUUCGAGAAUUGAUCGCAACGACUUUGUCAUUCGCUUUAAUAACGCACCUGUGAUUGGACACGAGAAAGACGUCGGAUCGAAAACAUCGCUUCGGAUUGUCAACAGUCAAGUGGUGGGAAAGCCAGAAUUCCGCUUCCUCGAGUCUAAGACCAAGAUGUAUUCGAAAGCUCCGGUAUUGGUGUGGGAUCCGUCCGGCUACAAUUCUACCAUAGCUCAGUGGUACACCAACCCGGACUAUCCGUUCUUCGAAACCUUCUUCUCCAAGAGACUCAUGCGCCCCAAUGAGGAGUUAUUCCUACUCCGACCGGAGUCUCUCUGGUCAAUAUGGAAUUGGCUUCAGUCAUACAAUCGCUUUCCACUCCUUCCCAAUCCACCAUCAUCCGGGUUUUUGGGCUUGAUUUUGGCCUUGAGACACUGUCGCCUGAUCCACAUUUACGAGUACUUGCCAUCAAUGAGAUUGACCAAGAAGUGUCAUUACUACGACGAGGAGGAGAACCUCGGAUGCACAAUCGGGGAUUGGCAUCCAUUGGCCGCAGAAAAACUGAUGGCUCUCUCCAUGAACGUGGCUAACAAGAGUGAAGUUUUCUACGACGGGUAUCUGACGGUCAAGGGUGCUUCUAA